AUGUCCAUUAAAGGGGUGUUCGCAAUCGCCUGUCAAAUUCUGGGGCAUAAUAUGAAGUUUUCAACUGUCUUUGUUAUUUUAUGUAUCUUUUCUCUCUCUUUUGCGUGUAAACCAAGCGGUGAGGAUGAAGCUCCGAUAUUGGCCAACGUGGAAAUUCCUAAAAAAAUGCUUGGAGCGCCUAUCGCGUUGACUGAAAAUGACAUGAAUGAAUUAUAUUUCAAAAAAGCUCUUAAUACGGCAAUAAAGAAACUAAAUGAUUCAAAUACAUGCCACAAUUUCAAGUUGGAAAGGGUUUCGGCGGCCACAAAAAAAGUUGUUGGAGGUUUAGAGUAUAAAAUUAAAUUUGAUGUGAGGCCAAUUUUUGACGGAGCAGACAAAGAAGAAUGUUCUCAGAGUCACUACCUCAAUUCUGGUGAUGUUCAGUCAGUUGAAGUCUUAGCAUGGCUUCAACCAUGGAAAUCCGAUGUGCCCCAAACUCUCGCUUUCACUUCAACGAAAACACUUGGUUCUAAUGGCAUGUUCCUCAACCCAUAA